AUGGCGGACGCCAAGCCUCGACGCCGGCGGGAACGCCACCUGACCUUGGCGCAGAAGGAGCUGAGCCGCCGCCGGUCGCGCGUCUACUACCUCAAACACAAAGACCGGGUCCUCGCCAAGUCGAAAGCGCGCUAUAGCACCAACGUCGCAGAGGAGCGCGCGCGCCGCCGGGAAAUGUACGCCAAGAAGCAAGCGGCCAAGGACGCGGCGACAUCGCCGGAGAAGCCGCGAAUUAGCUAG